AGAACUGCAAACUACUCGUCUUCUUCUUCUGUCUCUCUUUAUUUCGAUACUUGUGCAUCUGCCAGUUACUUAGCUAAUUGUGCGAAGUUUCUGUUGUAUAUUAUAAUAAAGGCCAGAUUGCCAGAUAGGAAGAACAGACGAAGACACACACACACAAUAAAUUUAUAGGAAUAACCCAAUAAAGGAAGAAGAAGAAGAAGAAUUUAUAGGUUAAGUUUGACAAAAGAUUUGAUUUGAAUUUUGCUGAGUUUUGUAAAACUAAAAUUAUUUUAAAUCAUGAGGCUUUUCUACGCCUUGUUUAGGAGGAGACAUAUGCCCAAUGGAAAUAUAUACACAGGGAAACAUCGUAUUUGGAAGCAGCCAACGAUUAAAGAUGUCUUAAAACUGAAAAUAGAACUUGAGGAGGAAGAGAAGAACAUGCAUUAUUUAAGACAUCCAUAUUUGACUCUGGAACAAUCUUCUGGUCAUGCUCGAGCUCUUGGUAAAAAUGAGGCAAAUUAUAUAAAGACCAAAACUAAACAAAAACCAUUUUAUGAAAAGGUAACAAUAGAAUCCCGACUAGCACAUUUAAGAGUAAAAGAAGGAUGGGAUUAGUUGUAAUUUGUAAUUUUUUUAGAAUAGAAUAGGGUUGAUUUAAUAAAUUAUUGAAAGUU